AUGGCCUAUAGUAUUUCAAAAGAAUCACAAUAACUAUUAUGUGAGAUCAUAAGUCAAAUUAGCCUAACUGAGAGGAGAGCUGAAUAAAACAGAAUAUAAUUAUGUAGAAAAACUAGUUUUAAUCCAUAUGCUUGUUUUAAAAGGUAAUUUAAGUGGCAAAACGUAGAUUAGAUUUCAUGAAUACUAAUUAAAUUAAACCUGAAUCAGUGGUACAAUUUUUGAAAGAAAAUGAUUUUUUUGUACAAGAGCUUACUACUUUGUUUAAUAAAACAUUUUAGAAAGAAUUUCUUAAUUAUUAAGAGUAUUUUUAAUAGUUCCUAAUUUUUCAGUUUUCUCAAUUUAAUUUUACCAAAAACAGAUAGUGAACUUAGAGAGAUUACAGUGAUGAAAUAACCAACAAAAGCUGCAAUAGAUAAAUCAAUCGAUUAUACAUUAGCUUAAUUAUUCAAUUUGUAUUUUAAGUAUUAAUCUUAGAGAAUAUAAUGAAGCUAUAAAUUUAGAAAGAUUGAAAAUUAGAUUAAAUAAUUUAUAUAAUGCUCAUUAAAUGUUUUAAAGCAUAGAUUCAUUAAAUAAUAAUAUUCUUAAUUUUAAAGAUUUUGAUAGAUUUUUUAGAAGAAAUGGUCUUUUAUUAUAUGAAGAAGAAUUAGUAAUUUUAACUAAUAUUUUAAUAGAUUGCUUUCUUUUAUAGAAUUGAUCUACAAAGAACAGGAUAAAUAACAUUUAAUGAUUUUCGAAGAAUGUUAGAUCCUAUAUAAAAAUAUGAAUAAUAGAAUUCAAAUACUGGUACUACAACUCCAAAACAAGCAGUUUCAUAGCCAAAAAAUUAAAACAUCUUAAUUGAUGAGUUUGGUAGAAGUAAUAAUGCUGGUUAAAUAGUUUUUUCUAGAAACUUUUCUACAAGUAAUAAAAAAAAGUUUCAAUCUAAUAGAAGAGUAUCUUCUAUAACAGAAAGUUUAUAAACUACAAAAGUUACAGAGAAUUUAUUUAAUGAUGAAUAAAGAUUUAUUGAUUUAGGAUUGGAAGUAUUAAAAUUGGAAAUGUACUUAGAAGAAAUAAGAUUAAAAUUGUAAUAAUAAAAAGACUUUAAUUCUAUGGAUUUUUUUCAUUUUAUUGAUUUAAAAAAUAAAGGAAAGGUUAAUCAACAUGAAUUUGUUUAUUUUUUAGAAUAAUUAUAGAUCAAAAAUAUUGAUGUGAUUGAAUUGUUUAAUUAUUUAGAUAAAGAUUUAGAUGGAUUUAUAAGAUAUUCAGAUAUUUCUGAAUUCAUUUCUCCAUUUAAUAUAAGUUCAACUUAUAUUUGUAAGAAACCAGCAAAAAAUAGUCUUCUCUCUUAUUCAAUCUAAUAAUUAUUCUCAAAAUCAACAAUUGGAUUAAUUUAAUUGCUUUUUAAUCAAUGGAAUGAAAAUGAUAAAAUCAUCAAGCUUAAAAAAAAAUAAUUUUUAAAUGAAUAAAAUCUUUAUUAAUUAUUUAAUAAACUUGAUCUUUAUAAAAAAGGCAGUUUCAAUCGAUAAGAUGUAUAUUUAUAUUAUUAAUUGAGCUUCAACGUUUUUUUGAUAUCAAUAAUGUUAAAGACGAUAUCAAAUUACUGUAUAAAAGAUUGGAAAAAUCAAACAAAGAGGUUAAUUAUAAAGAUUUUGAAUUAUUUUUUAUAAACUGA